AUGUCGGCCUUCAUCCUCGCGCCGGCGCCGAGCGCGCCCCCAGAGAAAGCGCUACACCUCCUGCCCUUCUCACUACCCCCCACAACGACGUCGACCACGAUCGGCGCGUACUUCCAGCCGCGGGCAGCGCCGCCCUCCCACCCCGCCGCGGACGCAGGCUGCCUCCUCGCGUCCUUCCGCGGGCGGCAGAUUGUCGGGCAGCGCGUGGCCGUGCCGAAGGGAUAUAAGGGGGUAGUGCUGCGCGCGAGCGGCUCCACUUCCGACGCGUCGGCUUCGGCGAGCGAGCCAGCAGCGCCGCGAUACCCGCUUACGCCGGCCUCUUCGAUCGCGAGCACGAGCACGAGCGAGCCACCAGCGCCGGCAGGACGGACGCGCGGCGCAGGCCAAGUCGCCCUCAGUCGACCGCGCCGGCGCGCAGUGACCACCCGCGCGCGUAUCGCGCUGGACGAGAGCGACGACGAGCAGGACGACGACGCCGACGUGGUCGCGCCGCGCAAGAAGGCGCGCGUGGCCACCCCCAAGCCGGUGACGGUGCCGGAUAUCAACAUUGUGCAAGCUACGCCCGCGAAGCCCGGCGUCGACGAGGAGCACGACGAGGAGCACGACGACGCGACGCUUGCGCCAGCUGCCGCUGUGGUGCCCGAUGGCGAAGUCAAGGCCGAGAAGAUGCCGCCAGCUGCACCGGCGCAAGAGUACGCUGCUGAUGGGCGGCCCGCGCGCGUGCUUAUGCCUGUUGGAGCGUUUGAUGCGUUCACGCUGUGGACGCCGGACGCGCCGUUGGCGGGGUAUGCGCGGGGCGCGGCGGCGGCGGCGGGCGAGGGCAAGGAGGGAGUGGAGGGCCAGGGGGAGGGGGAGGGAGAGGGGGAGGGAACGAAGGGAGAGGCCGGCUGGUGGUCGGCCACUGGGGGCGGAGGCGAAGGCGGGGACGAGUUUGUGCGCGCGCUUGGCGAGUGGCUUGGGCUGUGUGAGAUUAUUCACGCUCCGGUGUACCUCGACGACGGGGACGACGAGAGCGACGACGACGAGUAG